AUGCAUUCUCCGACUUUCUUCACACUUCUCGCCACGGGAACUGCUUCUCUAGCUUACACUAUUCCUGCCAAUCUUCAAGCCAUAUACAAUGCCCACAAGGCGGGAACUUGCGCUAAACCACUGUCUGGAACCUCUUCUUCUGGAGCUGUCUUCUGCGGAGAUAUUCCCAACGCCAUAUUCUUGAAGGGAAGCUCCGGAAACUAUGACAACAUGGACGUCGACUGCGAUGGCGCCGAUGAUAAGGCCGGCGAUUGCUCCAAUGACCCCACGGGAUACGGCGAGACAGCAUUCAAAGACACUGUGCAGUCAUAUGGCAUCCCGGAUUUGAACGCAAACAUUCACCCAUACGUGGUUGUUAACGAGAAGCCCUUUUUUGAUGGCCAGCAGUAUAUCAAGCCCCUGAGCGUUAUGGCUGUCGUUUGCAACAAUCAGGUGUGGUAUGGUAUCUGGGGCGACACCAACACAGAACCAACAACCGGGGAGGCAUCGAUUUCACUUGCCCAGCUUUGUUUCCCCAACGAGCAUCUUAACGGCGACUUCGGACAUGGCGCAAAGGAUGUUCUUUAUAUCGGAUUCAUCGGCGACGAUACCGUUCCAGGCAAAAAUGGUGCCAAGUGGAAUGCUCAAAAUGUUUCUGAAUUCGAAGCAAGCAUCAAGUCUUUGGGAGACAAGCUCUGUGCCGCGGAUGGUGGCAGUGGUACUCCUCCCCCUCCCCCUCCUACCACCUGCUCUUGGGAGGGCCACUGCAUCGGCGCCUCUUGUGGCUCUGAUGACGAUUGCUCGGAUGAUUAUGUCUGCAAGAGUGGCAAGUGUGCUGCGGAUUCAUGA